CAUACUUAAAGAGAUUAUUAUUCUAUAUUUCUAUGCACCAAUGAUUCUGUAUAUAAGCUGAGCAAUCACCGAACUGAUUCAGUUUGAAUUUUACUGAGCUGACUACAGGAAAUCUCUCAAGCAAUUAAUCGAAAUGGGAAAAUUCAUCGUGCUUCUUUGCUUUACGCUUCUCGCAAUAACUUCGGUCAUGGGCUGCAAACCACCCGGGCAACCCUGCAGCUCUGAUGCUGAUUGUUGCGCGGAAUUUGUGUGUAAUCCAUGGGCUGGUCGUUGCACCAAAGGACCACCGGGCACAGGCAACGCAAAACCAGGAGGACCAUGGGGAGUCGGAGGUCCAGGCACAGACGUAGAAUGGCCACAAAAUGAACCUACCCCUGCCCAAUAAUCAUAAAUGAUAGCUCGACCUGGACUUUGUUGCGUAGAACUAUGAUUUAAUCUUGAUUGAUUUAAAAAUAUGUGAAAAUUUACACAAUAAUUGGAAAUAUACACUUGCUUAGUCAUUACCCAGCAAAAAACUCUUUAUGUCUCAAUGACUAAAAACCCUUCUUCAACAUUAUCAACCAAAUUAAAGUUGAUUUGUUG